CCCUCCACGCACGCACGCACGCACGCAGCAUGAGCUGUAUAUGGCUGUGCAUGGUUUCAGGAUGAUGCUUUAAGCUUCUCGUUGGCUGCACGCCGGGCACGUCAUCAUCUGUCAUCGCUUCAGCAGUAAGAAACAAGUGUAUGAGCACCAGUCAUCCUCCAUCCACACCACCAACUCCACAAGACGCAUCUCAAUAUAUGUCCUUCUCACACGGAACCGAGCUUUCCAUCAGUCUUCCACUUUCAUCUCAUGUUUGAUCCGCUUUAAAGGGUUAAAAUUGAUUUGCGGAGGAUUACUUGUCAAUAUGGCAUCAAUUUGUGCGGUGGCACGCAUUUUUCUCUAUCUUAACAUCGUCAAAGUUUACUUGGGGAACUCGUCAGAACUGAACGGAGAUAUUCCUGCAACAGAGCCGUCAUUCCACAAUCCUGCUCGAGACAUGAUGACUGUUAAUAUGUACAGAGUUUAUGAUAAAUACAGCAAGAAGCAACAACAACAAGAGAACGUAAAUACAAUCCGAAGCUUUAGAGGAGUCCCAGAGAUCUCCCAUCACAUGGUCGUGUUCCACUUCAACCUGACCGCUAUUCCCAAUUCGGAGGUGAUACUGACGUCAACUCUACACUUUCUUGACCAACAAGCUCGUCAACGGCCUUGGGCCUGUCGGCGUUCCCGUGGAGCCUCAUGUCGCCUCCAAUACCUUCAGUCACUUACCACGACACAUCUCAUCAUUAAAGGAACAUCACCAAAUGCUGCCGUCCCCUCUCAGCUGUGCAACAUCACAUUGUCUCCUAACAGAAAGGGGCUUUGGCAGAUUACGGACGUAUCAUCAGCCAUCAAACAAGCCCAUGUGAAUGGCGAGCUCUCGAUUACCGUUGAGUUUGACUUUGGGCAUCAGAGACGUCAGGAUCGCUUGUCUCCUCACAGCCUGCCGUUUAUCCUUGUAUACGCUGACGACAUUGCCAUAACGGAGCCCAACAGUGUUGCUAUGAGUCUACAGAGAUACAGUCCAUCUGCUGUGCAUGAGGACACCAGGACCAAAGCGCCCUCAGCUACUUUAAAUUCUAGAAUUAGGAGGGAAGUGGAACACUUGCAGAGUAACUACCUACCUGAUGUCCAAUACAACGAUCUUAAGAACAGGGAAUUAUGGGACGGUGCCUUUUUUGCGAAAAAGCCCAAAACCCUGUCAAAAGGUCAGGAAAAUCAUGAGGGAUUGAGAGGGUCAAGGGAGCUCAGCUUUGACGAGAAGACCAUGAAAAAAGCCAGACGCAAGCAGUGGAGUGAGCCGAGAAUGUGUUCGCGUCGUUACCUGAGGGUGGACUUUGCCGACAUCGGUUGGAGCGAAUGGAUAUUGGCCCCGAAAGCAUUUGACGCCUACUACUGUGCAGGAACAUGUGGAUUCCCAAUCCCAAAGGUUGUUCAUCCAUCCAAUCACGCCACCAUCCAGAGUAUAGUGAGAGCCGUGGGGAUCGUCCCUGGAGUCCCAGAGCCGUGCUGCGUACCGGACAAGAUGAGCUCUCUGGCUGUGCUCUUCCUGGACUCCAGCAGAAACAUGGUCGUGAAGGUCUAUCCCAGCAUGUCUGUGGAUACCUGCACCUGUCGAUAAACUAGCAAGGUAGCUAAGAGACAUAGAUAUACAAAACUUGCAAAACUCAAUGAACUCAGCUCAAGGGACUGCCGAAGCACGCCAUAUUACAAAAAUGAACUUUUUUAUCUCUGCAAGUAAGACCUCAGCACCUCAGAUAAUAUAGGAUCUUUGCACACAAACAUUGUAUCCUCUUUCCACUCUUUAAUUUUGAAUGAAUUGUAUAUAAUCCUUAUUGUAACAUAUAGUAAGCCGAACUGUUUUCGUUUUGAAACAAAUCCAUGGUAAACUGAAAAUGGCAUAGCGAUUUAAAUGGAUUACUGUAAAUAAAUCCGGUAACACUUUACAAUAAGUUCUCAUUUGUUAACGUUAGUUA